AAAGCAAAGACGGAAGAGCGAAGGACCAUCGACGCGAACAUAGGCGAGUCGGCGGCCAUUACGCGAUUGGCGCUCGAGGAUCCGAGAAGUCGUCGCUGAGGUUUUUUUGAGGAAAUUGAUCGCCGUUAAAUCGUCAACAACUUGGGUCCACCAGCGUUCAUCGGUAGAAUAUACAUCGUUAUUGCGUUGUAAGUUGCUAUUAUUCGGGUCUUAGGCAGUUCAGUGUGUGUUAGGUGAUCGGAAGCAAGUACGUCUUCGUCGAAGGAUUAUCAUGCAAUGAGGUUCAGCGAUUGACUGCUUCCUUUCUGCUUGCUACGUUUCAUUGCCCUCUUCACUGAUGGGCCAUUCGAUGGUUGGUCCUCUUUGUUCUCAGCCACCUCAACUUCUUAGCUUUCAUCGAUACCUUUUAGCUGCUAAGGACGCCGACUAAAGAAGAGUUUUACCGAAGUUUCUGUGAAGGUUUUAAAGUAAUCUAAAAUGAGCGUAAUAAUCAGACUUCAGAACUUAGCGUGGUCCGCCAACGCGUUGGACAUACGCCAAUUUUUCCGAGGCUUAAGCAUUCCCGAGGGUGGCGUACACAUCGUCGGUGGCGAAUUAGGCGAUGCUUUCAUAGCUUUCAGCACGGACGAGGACGCUCGUCAGGCGAUGAUGAACGACGGCGGUAAGAUCAAGGAGAUGAAGAUCAAGCUCCUACUCAGCUCCAGAACGGAAAUGCAGAAGGUCAUCGAGGCGGCACGCCAGCAGACGAUAUCCCUCCAGUCGUUCAUGCAGACCAGCGCCGCGAUACCCGCUGUCCCGGUGGCGGCCCCCGCCAAGCCCGACGGCUCACCGGGCGACAAAAAGGACAAGGACAAGGACAAGGACAAGGAGAAGGAGAAGGACGACUCCGAGCCGGCCAAGGAACGCGGCAAGGAGAAGCGCGAUCGUUCCAGAUCCCGCGAGCGUUCCCGUUCGCGCGACAGGGACCGGGAGCGCGACAGGCGGGACAGGGACAGGGGGCGCGACAGGCGUCGGCGGGACAGGAGCAGGUCCCGGGACCGGGAGCGGGACCGGCGGGACCGGCGGCGUAGGAGGGAGCGUUCCAAGUCCCGGGACAGGACGAGGUCCCGGGACCGGGAGGGGAAGCGCUCCGGUCCGGGAGACAGGCGCCCCAAGGAGCCGAACGACGAGGAGAACAGCGAGGUGGUGUGCGUCGGACAGUUCCCCAAGGACAAGAUAGCGGCGGCGGUGGCAGCGGCGGCCGCCGCGGCCGUCGCUCUCCCCAAAACCACCAAUAUCGUGGAGAACGGCAUCUGGGAGGUGCCGCCCCAGUCGCAGAUCCAGACGCCGAUGAUAGCGCCCGGUAUCCUGGGCGCCGGGGUGGCCGCCGUUCCCGGCGAGGCCACCGCCGACCAGCGGUCCCUCGGGUUCGCCGCGCCCCUCAUGGGCGCCCAACAGCAGAUAAUGGCGCCGAACCAGUUCGCCCUGAACGGCCUGAACGGCGUGGGCGGUAUGAUGCAGGGCCACCCCCAGGUCCUCGGCCACCCCCUCGGCGGCAUGGGGGGCAUGCCGGGAAUGAGCCCGGGGGCGGGGGCCAUCGGGGCCGGGGGGGGCAACGGCAGGAGCAGGGACAUGUGGGGGGGCCAGGGGGAGCUCGGGCGGCUCGGGGAGCCGGUCCGCUACCCCCUGCGGAGCGGGGGCGGCGGGGGUCCCUACGCCCCUCAGGACUCCAGGAUCUACGGGAGCGGCAGCAACGCGAACAGCGGGAGUCCCAAUUCGGGGAUGCAGUUCCCGGGCGGCGGGGGACAGGCGAGGCCGGGCGGCGGCGAUAACCCCUUCCUCAGCAAGAUGCAGGAGUUGGACAGCAGACGGAACCCCCACGCCUUCCAGACCAACCAGAUGGCCGGCGUUUACGCCGCCUACGACGCGGUGCAGCAGCCCCAGAUGCCGAUCGGUCGGAAUUCGAACAGCGGCGGCCGGUACCACGGCGCGUCGGAGGCGAAACCCGGGGUAACCGGUAACUGCGUGGAGAUAAGGAACAUGCCGUUGAACGCCGGUUACGGCGACGUUCGUCACGCGUUCCCCGGUAUCUACAUAAGGAAGGACGGCCUCAAGCUGAUCAACGACAAUCACGGUAAUCGCGUGGGCAUAGCUUACAUAAAAUUCGGCAAAACCGAGGGCAAAGACCUCGCGCUGAGCGUACCGAGGUACGUGAGGGGCUCCGAGGUGGAGGUCCUGCCCCUUGACGAGGUGAUAUUCGACAAGGCGGUCGACUCUUACGUGCCGGAGGGCGAGAAGUCGAGGUCGCACGCCGAUCAGACCGCCGCAAAGGACAACGACCCGAGGUCAUCCGCCUGCGUGGUCGUCUCCGACCUGCCACCGUUCGCCAAGGAAAUCGACAUAGCCAAGCUGUUCCACGACUCGAAGAUCAACAAUCUGUUCAUGAUGAUGGCCAAGGAGACCUCGACCCCCCAGCUGGUGGCCUACGUGCAGUUCUCGCGUCUCGACGAGGCAAAAGCCGCCAUUUCCAUGCCACUGAAGAUCGGCAUGAAACCCGUCACCGUGGCAACCGUCACCGAGGAGAAAUUCCUCCAGAUGAAACGGGAGGCGGAUUUGGCGGCCGUAAGCGAAAACGCGAUAUCUGACUGCGUCAUUAUGCGCGGUCUGCCAUUCCAGACCAUCGACAGGGACGUCCUAGACUUUUUCUCCGACAUAGGUAUCGUACCCCACAGGAUCCACAUGAUGCUCAAUCCGAACGGCAAACCGGCCGGCGAGUGUUUCUGCGAAUUCGACACGACGGAGGAGGCCAUCAGGGCUACCGCCAAGAACGGAUUGCCGUUGGGAAAAAACGUGCCCACCGUUGAGCUCGUGCCCAGGAACACGAUGAUGGAGACCCUGGGAAUGGGGGACUCCCAGUACCUGAACAGCCACCACUAUCCACCCGGUACGCAGGACCAGCGCGGUCGGUAUCCCGCCUCCAUGCCCCCGCACCCCGGGAGGUUCGGCGGCAACGCGGCCUACCCACCGAGGGGACCGCCGGGCAUGAUGGGCGGCGGUAACAACAUGGGCAUGCCCAGGCACAACUUCGGCGGACGUCAUCCGCCCAACGCCCCCCUCGAGUACGUCGAGGGAUUCGGUAAACCCGGUUGCGUUCUGUCCCUGGAGAACGUACCCUUCAAGGCGGACAUUGACGAGAUAAUAGACUUCUUCCGGGACUUCGACGUCAAACGGGAGAACGUUAUACGCCGUUACAACGACAAGGGGAUGCCGACGGGGGACGCGCGAGUCGCCUUCUGUUCGCCCGGCGAGGCGCAGAGGGCACUCAGGGAACUCAGACACGGGGUGAUAAGGGACCGCACGAUAUUCAUGAAAAUCGCAUGAGUCUACUCCUUCGAUUAGGGUUAGCUUUCGGUCCGGAAUCGGGCGACUCGGGGCCCCCUGCCCCCCCCUAACCCCCACCCCCAUGUUUCGGCUAUCUUCGGGUCACCCCCCGACGCCUUCGUCCCCCCGAGUCCGAUUAAGGAUGUUCGCCUUUCGUUUAGUUUUUAUUUAUGGAACGAUGACGAUUUUUUUUUUUUCACGCGGAGCAGGUUUGUUUUAUUUUUUUUUUUAUUUGAUUUAAAAAAAAGAAAGAAAGAAAGUUUAGUGGAUUUCGUUCAGGGUACGCGCGCGCGCCUUGUAUGUACGUUCGGAGGAUUUGGGAAAUUCGUUUUACGCACCGUAGCGUUUUUAGGAUCCGCAGACGCCAUUUUGAAAGAAACUUAAAAAAAAGACGGAUAACAAAUGAAGUCACGUUUCGCGCUCGUUGAUUAAGGAUUUGAAAAAGGAAAAAGAAUAACAAACGAAGAAAGAAAAAAGAUAAUUCAUUUGUUGAGACGAAGCUGUAGUUUUUUUUUUUUUUUCUUAUUAUGAUUCUCAGACGCCAUUUUGAAGAAACAAAAAGAUGCGAACGAAUAAAGUCUAUUUUUCGCGCACAUCGAGACGAUCUCCGUUUAUCGCCUCAUUCGUAAACGUUUUUUUUUGCGGUUGCGUUGAUUCAGAAUUUGAAAAAGAAAAAAAAAAAAAACAAGGAAAACAGAAAGAAAAAGAAAGAAAGAAAAAUGAGAUAAAAAAAAAAUGGAAAACUCGUCGCCGUUCGUACCGUGAACGAUCGAGACGCGAACAAUCGCCUCCUUUUAGGUUAGGUUAGGUUUGUACAAAACGUUGUUGUUAAUUAAAAUUAGUUAAUUAUAAAUUAAGACGUAAUACUAUUUCGUUAAGACUACACCGGAGUUAGGAACGGACUAUUAUUUUAAUUAUCACAGAUGAAAAGCGUUGAAAAUUUUCGAGUAUGUAACCCGGGGAAAAGUACAUAUAUAUAUAUCUAUAUAUAUAUAUAUAUAGGGUGUGUUUGCUGCCUGUAAAUAAAAACGUUCGCUUUUAAUUCGAUUUAAUUUGAUUAGUGUUUGAGAAAUGAAAACGACAGGGGAAAAAGUAUUUUCUAUUCAUAAGGAGAAGAACAAAGAAAACAAAGAAAAUAGAAUUGAAAAACAAAAAAAAAAACAAAAAAAAAAAAACAAAGAUAUGGGGCGUUGGACGAACCACAACCGACCGUUGAGUGAAAAAGAGAAAAAAAAAGGAAUAUUUAGUCGAGGAGUAUAUAUGUGGCGAGUUUGUAUGUAUAAUAUAAAAUGUAUGUGGGUGAUACUGCGAGUGGUCGAUGAUUCAUAUGUAUAUUACAUAUUAACUUACAUCAUGGUGUAUAUAUAGAAUAAGUGAAACGUAUUAUACAUAUAGAUCGUAAAUAAAAACGUGCGAAUCUAUUCUGUGCA